UAAUUUUACUCGAAAAAACUAGCCCAAAGAAUUCGCCUUUAUCGGCCGAGCGGAUCGGAUUGCCGGUUGUAUAGAUGCAAGGCGUCGGAGGAGAGCAUGCGGCGUCGCAGCAGCGGCCUACGGAGAGCGGCGUCGAACCGCGACCUGCAAAUCCAUGGGAACUCAUUUCCAGUGAUGAUGAGAUAGACUACUCGAUCAAGCCAGAAUUUUAUGAUCCAUUGCUUGAUGAGAAGGACGAACAAUGGAUGAAUAAACAAAGAAAAGGGCGGACUUCUGAUGCUGUGCUUAGUUGCCCAGCUUGCUUCACUACCCUAUGCUUUGAUUGUCAAAGGCAUGAGAAAUAUGUCACGCAGUUCAGGGCCAUGUUUGUUGUGAAUUGCAGUGUCAGAACUGAUCAAAUUUUAAGAGAGCCAAGCAAGAGGAAAAGAAAAUCCAAGAAGCUUAUAGAUUCUGGAAAAAUUCAGCAAGAUCUUCAUAACGAUGUGAUAUUUCGACCUGUUUGCUGCUCAGUUUGCUCGACUGAAGUUGGUGCCUUUGACAAAGAUGAGGUUUAUCACUUCAUUAAUGUUAUUCCAAGCAAUUCCUAAGCUGCUUCUGGUAAACACUUCAAAUACUUCUGUGCGUUAUGCUUUGAUUUAUAUAGAUUUAUCUGCUUUAUAAACGGUAUUACGAUGUUUUCAGUGACUUUAGAUUUCUUUUGGAAUAGUUUUCUUAAUGCUUUCUAAA